GAUCACUGCAAGCCACCAAUCAAUUUUGAAGCAUCACGUGUCGGACUCUUAGCCUUCGCGAUCCCAAUCGAAGUUGACCAAGGCCUUGGUACUCGACCGGUGCUUCGCCAAAAAAAACCCGCGUGGUGCGUGACUACACUCGUCGAACCAAGCGAAACUUAAACCCACCCGUAAAGCCAUUUAUUUCGCUUAUCUCGUCUCCAUAUUUAGAAAAGUCCUUGUUCAGUUCAAUACUUCAAUUUCUUCUCAGACGUUUCCUUUCUCUGUGGUAAGACCUAGAAAGAGUAAACAAUGGCUGAUCGGGUGGUCGCUGACCUACCGAUGCGGCCUUCACCGAACCCUAGCUAUGGCGAUUUCUCGGCCGAGUUGGAGUCUCUUCCGAUCCCGCCCCUUGAUCAUCAGUUUUUCUCCACAGACGAUGCACUCUCCGACAACUUCUUCUCCGAUCUAGGGUUAGGGUUUGAGGAGAACUGUGAGUAUGAGCUCACUUUUGACGACAUCGAAGAUCUUCACCUGCUUUCUGAUACCGAGGAUUUUCUAAUUCCGGAUGGGUUUGAUGAAGCCACCGGCGGUUCUAUGUAUCGGGAUACGGAUCGAGGAGUUGACCCGACUUCAAAAGCUGCUGCGGGUUCGAAGUUGGCGUCUCCGGAUUCGGAUACCUCUAUUGUUUCUGGGGUUAAGGAUUAUGAUGUUGCAGGUUAUCUCAAUUGUCAAUCGUCAGAGUCUGGUAGCUAUAAUGGUGUGUAUUCUCGAAAUUCUGGUGACGGUAAGUCUAAUAGAGCUAUGGAUUUUGCAUCUCCUGAUGAUCAUGAGUCCGGUGGGCCGGCGUCGUCUCACGGAUCGGGGAAUUGCGGUUCAGGUGUUUCAGAAGGAGUGAAUUCACCUGUGCAUUCGGAUAAUUCCGAUCGAGAUGUAUCGUCGAAUAUUUUUGGUGAUCUGAAGGUUAAGUUGGAGACUGGGAAAAAUUGCAUGUCGAAGAGGAAGAAGGAAGCUGAAGAAGGGAAUGGGGAGUCGAGAACCUCCAAAUUUAGGAGGUCGUCAACGCCGGUGGAGAAUUCUCGAUCCCAUUCGCAGUCUACUCUGAAUCCUGUCAGUGAAGAGGACGAGAAGAAGAAGGCUAGGUUGAUGAGGAAUAGGGAAAGCGCACAGCUCUCUAGGCAGAGGAAGAAGCAUUACGUGGAGGAGCUUGAGGAUAAGGUUAGGAAUAUGCAUUCUACGAUAACCGAUUUGAACAGUAAAAUAUCGUAUAUUAUGGCAGAGAAUGCAACUUUGAGGCAGCAGCUGGGUGGUGGUGGUGGCAUGUGCCCGCCACCUUAUCCGGGAAUGUACCCGCAUCCUCCAAUGGCACCCAUGGCUUAUCCUUGGAUGCCAUGUUCGCCAUAUGUUGUAAAACCACAAGGGUCUCAGGUCCCUUUGGUUCCCAUUCCUAGAUUGAAACCCCAACAAACAGUGUCAACCCCCAAGAUGAAAAAAUCAGAGAAGAAGACUGAGGGUAGAGCUAAGAAGGUGGCUAGCAUUAGUUUUUUGGGUUUGUUGUUUUUCAUCUUGCUAUUUGGUGGACUAGUUCCUGUGGUGGAUGUUAGCUUCGGUGGUUUAGGGGACAAAGCUCCUGUUGGGUCCGAUUACUUUAGUGGCAGUUUCCACGAUCAGCACAGUGGAAAGUUUCUAUCAAUUGACGCCCAUAUGAAUGGAUCUGGUGAAAAUAAAGGAGUAGGAAUAUCAGCUGCAAAAUCUGAUGGUUUCAGAGAAACGGUAGAAUUUGUGCACCAAGAAAGAGGCUCGCAGUCUAAACCAGGUUAUGGUGAAUUUGUUCGUCUGGGAAAUGAAAGUGAACCUCUUGUUGCUUCCUUGUACGUUCCAAGAAAUGAAAAGCUAGUCAAAAUCGAUGGGAACUUGAUAAUACACUCUGUCCUGGCUAGCGAAAAAACUAAGGCAUCCCUUGCCCAUUCGGAAAAGAGUAAUAGGGAGACUGUUUUGGCAAUCGCUAAAGACUUGGCUCCAUACACUGUUCAUGAACCUGGGAACAGAGGGGGACAUGCUCCUUUGUACAGAAAUCCUACAGAACGCCAUAAGGCUCUUGCUUCUGGUGCUUCUAAUACUAGGAAGGACCAUUUGCAGUCAAAUGCAGCUGAUGGUAGACUACAACAGUGGUUCAGGGAGGGUCUUGCAGGGCCAUUGUUGAGUUCAGGUAUGUGUACUGAAGUCUUUCAGUUUGAUGUCUCACCUGCUUCUGCUUCAGGAGCUAUAGUUCCUGCACCGUCAGUUUCCAAUGUGUCAGCAAAGCAUCAUCAGAAUACUAGGCAGAAUACCACACGCCUCAAGGGCGGCAACAGAAGGAUCCUUCACAGGCUUGCAAUUCCCCUUGCUGGUUCGAAAUUUAACAUUACUGAAGAGCACGUGACUAAAAAAUCUCGGAAAGAUGACUUUCAAGGUAACAGAUCUGUUUCUUCAAUGGUUGUCUCUGUACUUGUUGAUCCACGAGAGGCUGGCGAUGGUGAUGUUGAUGGUAUGAUGAAGCCAAAGUCGCUUUCUCGGAUUUUUGUAGUUGUGCUUAUAGACAGCGUGAAGUAUGUCACUUACUCGUGUGUUCUUCCGCGAGUUGGUCCUCAUAUUGUAACUUCCUGGGGAUAAAAAGUUAAAACAUUUGAGUUGAGUUUUCGAGUGUCUGCUGCAUUCACUUCUGAACUCCCAGUUUUGUACAUAGGAGAAGAAUUAAGCUGCAUCCAUUAUACUAUUAACCUUACGCAAGGUCUCUGAACCUUUUAUGACCCUCCUUACCCGUUUCAUAUUAGCAUCGUACUUUUUUUAUUAAGAUGUUAAGAUUGGGUAUAAAUAUGACCCAAUUUAGCCGCCUCUUGUAAUAAAGGUUCUAACGUAAUUUAUUAGAGGGGCUGUUUGAUGAA